AUGGAGGACUAUGUCUUCACGACAACAGCAGUUCUCGGUCCGAAACGGGCCAUUUUGCGUCGAGACAAGGACGGCGCGAUAUUUGUCAGUCAGGAGAUCAGUCUCGGCAGUGUGGCGCCUGCACAGAAGCAAGCCAUUCUUAGCCUUUUUCGGCUUCUUCCAAUGAUACCCUCCUUCUCGUUUUGGCGUGUUCUAUAUGUAAGUUAUGAUGACAGUGCAGACACACUCCUGACGCUCUCCCGGGGAACACCCUUGACAUCAUUGGCCAGUCUCUAUUUUGAAGCGGUAGCGGCCUACACAAUAUAUAGCGAAAGAGAGCUAAGUGUCAUAUGUGCUCAGUUGAUCGAUUGCUUCGUAGAGCUGUGCCGACCGGAUCUGGUAAAGAUUGCGACCACAGCCAAGAUGCGUCCCCACCUUGAUCCGUCAUGCUUCUGGUUUGAUGACCACGGUCUUCUAAAGUGUGAUUUGGUGCAUAUGCUCUCAUCUAGGAGGCUCGCAUCCUACUCAACUGAAAGCUCCUGGGCCAGCGACUUUGUGGCAGCACUAGGGAAGACUCUUUACUUAUUCGUCACAGUUGAAGUGCCAGCCGUGCAGGCGCCACCAAAACAGUAUUUUUCUGAGUACAUGAAAACUGUACAAUGCUUCACUAUCCCGUUUGUCUCUAAGUAUAGUAGAAGAUUUUCAAAGCAGUUCAUCGAUUUCGUCAAUAGGCUCAAUCACCCCUCCAAUUUAUCAAAGCUGACGGCCUCCUCUCUUCAGAAAAGCUCAGUAUAUCUCUUUGGCAAAAGUAUUCUCAACGAUAUCAUUGGUGUUAAGACCGAUUGCUCCGGAAAUUCCUUGCUGCACAAGGCCGCUCUGGAGUGCAGUGGCCUUGAAGCUAAAGCGCUUAGCUCGUCACUAGCCUACCUUUGCCGAUUACGCAAUACUUCUGGAGAGACAGCCUUACAAUUGGCGAUAAAACAUGGAAAUUUGGAGCUCGCCAAACUUCUGAUUGAUGAGGAAGCAGGUAGCUAUUCUGACACAAAAGAAUCUGCAGUGGAGCUGGCCCUUCUUCGGGGUUCAUGCGAAGUAGCCAGGCUAUUAAUUCCAUUUGAAGGGAAGAUACUUACUGAGCGGGGGUAUACGCAGCUGAUGUUAGCGGCUUCGUUUGGUGAGAGACGACUCGUUGAGAAGUACAUCCAACGACAAGCAAAGAGGCAGGCAAAGAAUGGGGUCACUGCGAUGCAUUUGGCCGUUAUAUCUGCAAUCUCGCUUCAUAAGUCUAUCAAGCUUCUGCUGCAAGAAAGAGAUCGCUUGGCAACUGACAGCGGCCACCUUAUAGUAGAGGCAGAAGUGCCGCUGACCCACAGCUCUGUGACACCACGAAACACACGAUCUCCACGGUCUAUUAGUAUCCUAACCAAGUCUUGCGGUAGGGGUGACCUGUUUGCACAGACAGCUGAAAAGGAAUCAGCCUACUCUAGGCCACGUGUCACUUCGUCUAGACGCCCAAUAACAUCGGUACGAUAUCCAAGACAGACGCCGGCUCUAUCUGCUAGUACACGUGUAGGAACACCAAAAAGCAGCUUCAGCUCACGAGGAGGCCAGCAAAUAUCUCCUAGCAUUACCGUACCAUCGAUGCUAUCCUCCUCUCCAAAAAAGAGGAGCGGAAGGUGCGCGACUUCGCGGUCUGGAAGCUCUAAAACAUCUCCCAUGGCGCGACCGCGCACAACCCAAGUCACAGCCCAAAAGCUUCCUGCUGAAGUUACUAAGCACCGGGCUCAGAGCACGUACGGAACCCAGCUUGACGGGAGCAUAAAGGUACCAGUGAUUCAGCUUGAUAACCUGAGUGGAAAGCAUGUGUCAUUUCCAGAUGCUCUCAGGAUAAAAGACGAUGCCAGCGUUGUAGAGUGUAGAAUUAGAAAGCUCAGAUCUCUGUUUCAAGCCUUCGUCGAGAUUAUCCUGCUCCUUAUACCACUGGAAAAACAGAUCUCUCAAAGGAAUGGCCUCACGGCGCUCAUGAUAGCUGCGAAGGCUGAUAUUGUAGAACUAGUUAGGCUGCUUGUCAAUGAUGAGAAGUUGAUGGUAGAUGCACGCGGAGAGACUGCCUUGAUGAUAGCAGUUAGGAACAAUGCAGCAGCAGCUGUCAAAGGGCUGCUUAGCCACGAGGCAACCCGUGCAUCUGCCAAUCGUGAACGCUAUACCGCAUUGCACCUAGCAGUGCAAAUGAAUAACAGCAUUCUUGUUGAGCAGCUAGCAACUCUAGAGAAUAAUAUUCCACAGGCAUGCUACACGUUAAAAGACUUUCCUAGCAACAGGAAUGCGCACACCUUGAUCAACGUGACCGCCCUCAUGAUGGCGUCUAUCGGUAAUGCUCCAGAAUGCGCUCUGAUUCUCUCCAGAUACGAGGCCGGGCGCCACGAGCAGCUCUUCGGCUAUACUGCGUUGAUGCUUGCCGCAUACUUCAAUCACUCAGCCAUUGUCGAGCUUCUUUUACAUUCUGAAUCGAGGGAGACUAUGCACAACGGCUGGACAGCGCUCAUGGUUGCCAGCAGCAGAGGAAACCUUCGCUGCUGUGCUAAGCUGGCAACUUGCGAAUCCAAGCUGACCGCUCAGGGGCUGACUGCGCUCAUGCUAGCGUGCAAGCACAAUUUCCUCAAUAUUGUGACGCUUCUCUAUCCGCUCGAAUCAAGCAUCUAUCACAAACGAGUAAGAAACGGGGUUGUGGAGCGUUGGUCCUGUUUAACAUAUGCGGCUGCAAAGGGGAGUACGGAGGUGGUAAUGUUUCUCUUGGAACAUCACCCCUCUCGAGAAGACAUACGAUUGGCUGCGAGCUGCUCACAUAAUCCAAAGAUAUCAAUCCUACUGUCAGCAUACCACUAG